AUGAAGAAAGAAUCACGAGAAAUACGAAUAAUGGUGGGAACUCCCGCACUUCAGAUCGUUAUUGGAGCUGUGUUAGACGUGUUGCAAAUGGUCAAAUCUGAAAGGCUGAAGCCACGAGUAGACGCUGGAACUGCCAGCGAUAGGCCAUACGAAGCAGCAGUUGCUUCAAUUGGUGGUCUUGUCGCUGGAUCAGCCGGACUUGCCUUGUUCUUCUUUCCGCGAAACAUGCGACUCAUCUAUAGCUACCCCUUCCUAUGCAUAUUUGGCGCGGGAGCUUCUAUUUUUGGAAUGGUGCAGUCUCUCAUCGUUCCAAGUAUAAAUCGGCUAGCUGCCUCUACAUCUAAUUCGGAAUUCGUCCGGGAAGAAACAACGCUAAAAGAAGACCCGGAGAACGAAAUGAAUAUUGAAACGAAUAGUCUCAAGAAAGACAGGCAAUCUCCACUCACCAAACAAGUUGAUUUUGGGAGUCGACAGAACACAAUCGACAGCCGGAUGACUUUUGAAUCUUUUUCACUUCCAUCCUCGCCAAAAGAGGACUCACAACGGCUUAGUCAGCAGCAAAACUCACAUUCUCAAACAAUCGACGAAAAUACGACGAGAGAGGAUCUCUGGUCUACACUUUGCAAAAUACUUGGCACUUCUACUUUAGAGGAAUCGCCGUCAAAUGGUAGUCAAGAGUCUCUUCUGCAAACUCCAACUGGCGCCGCAGCCGAUGUGAAAUUCGACGAAAACACCCGAAAAUUAUUUAUCUACCUCAGAAGCUUACUGCUUCAUCUCAAAUCACAGGGCGAAAAAUUCGACGAAGUCGCUGAUAAACUAAUAGUGAGGAUAAACUUGCUAGACAAAAAUUCGAGCGAAGCACAGACCUCGCCAGAAUUAGGACCGAUGCUGGCGAUGCUCCAGUUCAGCGAGUCAAUGCGGCGCGUUUCCAAGUCGCUAUUAGAAAUCAGGAAAUUUUGA